AUCAUCGGUGUAAUCUUGGGCUGUUGUUGCACGAACCAGCAAUCUCGCUGGCUUCGUAAGCACGUCGGAGGAAAUUAUAAACGUCAUAUACAUAUAAACCAGCUGCUCUUCGGUUGUUAAAGUUUUUAUAAUUAACUGAUGUGUAUAAUUGAAUGUUUAAAGAAUAGUCUAAAAAAUUUUUUACAUUCAAAGCAAUUAUUUAAAUAAUUUAUUUUUUUAUUAUAUGAGUUUUUACACAAGAUCUCUUUGAGCCUCUUACGGAUAAUCCUCGCACCUGCUCCGUCUUCAUUUUUAUUCUUUUUCCACUUGUAUAAAUUUCACAUACCACCCCCGUGCUUACUUUUAACCUCUGUUCGUGCCUGCAUCACCAACGAAAAAGAUCUCAUGCCAUGAAUACCUGAUACAAGUUUUUCAUCAAUUACAUCAACAGUUUUUGUUUCUAAAUAUUUUUUUUUCAUCUCGAAAAACCUGGAAGCGACCAAAAAUUUUUCUCUAUAAAAGGAAGACCAUAGGUCGUGAUUCAAUUCAGUAAUGUCCCAACCCUCAUCCUCUUCAUCCUCAUCCUCAUUAUCUUCGUCUUCGCCUUCCACAUCACUUACAUCAACUAAAGAGAUUGAGAGCGAGAAGCCAAGCGGAAGUAGUCCCAGUCCUGUCGAAGGUAUUCCAGGUCCAAGCAAUGUGGAAACUGCAAGCUGUCUUUUGCCAAAGGCUGAGUCAGAAGAAUUUGAUGAGGCAGAUGAAGGAGAGGAUGAUAGUAGUGAAGAGGAAAGUGAAGUCAGUGAUAAUGGAUUAUUCUGUGAUGCCGAGUGUGAAGAAGAGAUAGUAGAAGACGAAGACAAUGAUGAUGAUGAUGAUUCUCUAACAAAUUCUAAUGUACAGAAACCUGUAGUUCUUUGUACUCCUGAUCUCGUGUACGGAAAUGAAGUUUCUUUAAACGACACUGCCGAUAUUCCUUUAGAAGAAAAUUCGACGUGCACAUCUUCAAAUCUUUUUCAACAAGUUAGAAAAAGAAAAAGUGAAACACAAUUUAUUAGCUUACCAUGCAAAAAACUUAAUCCCGAAGAAAAGACUAAUUCCAUAAUGAUUCCAAAAAAAUUAGAUGAGAAAGGGAAGCACGUGAGAUUUGUAUUACCAACAAGGACAAACCCACCACCUGAAAUGAACAGUUGGUUAAUUCAGUUUCAACGAUGGUCAAAUGCAGAACGAAUGUUAGCAAUUGACGAACUGAUCGAUCGUUGUGAACCAACACAAGUGCGACAUAUGAUGCAAGUGAUAGAGCCACAAUUUCAAAGAGACUUUAUAUCUUUGUUACCAAAGGAACUAGCGUUAUCUGUGCUUGCAUUCCUGGAGCCGCGUGACCUUCUAAGAGCAGCACAAACUUGUCGGAAUUGGCGGUUUCUUGCAGAUGAUAAUCUACUGUGGAAAGAAAAAUGCAAGUCAGCGGGUAUUGAUGAUAUUAAAGAUUUUCCACUUACAAAACGUAAAGGCAAUCGCAACGCUGGUGUCUGUAGUUCGCCUUGGAAGCAAGCAUAUAUGCGUCAAUAUAAUAUCAAGAUGAACUGGAGAACUAAACCUAUCAGACCUCCUAAAGUUCUUAAAGGUCAUGAUGAUCAUGUAAUAACGUGCUUACAAUUUUCGGGAAAUAGAAUAGUUAGUGGUUCUGAUGAUAAUACCCUCAAAGUUUGGUCUGCAGUAACGGGAAAAUGUCUAAGAACAUUAGUCGGUCACACUGGUGGUGUUUGGUCAUCUCAAAUGUCUGGAACAACAGUAAUAAGUGGGAGCACAGAUCGUACUUUAAAGGUAUGGAACGCAGAUACGGGACAGUGCAUUCACACUCUGUAUGGUCACACGUCAACAGUAAGAUGUAUGCACCUUCAUGGGAAUAAAGUAGUGAGCGGUAGCAGAGACGCAACUCUUAGGGUGUGGCAAGUUGAUACGGGUGAGUGUUUACACGUUCUCGUUGGACACUUGGCUGCUGUUAGAUGCGUGCAAUAUGAUGGUAAAUUGGUCGUAAGCGGUGCCUAUGAUUAUAUGGUUAAAGUCUGGAAUCCAGAACGUGAAGAAUGUCUUCAUACUCUUCAGGGACAUACGAAUCGUGUUUAUUCAUUACAAUUUGACGGAGUUCAUGUUGUUAGUGGAUCAUUAGAUACUAGUAUAAGAGUAUGGGAGGUAGAAACAGGAGCUUGUCGUCAUACACUUAUGGGUCAUCAAUCUCUUACAUCAGGAAUGGAACUUCGAAAUAACAUCUUAGUGUCAGGAAAUGCUGACUCUACGGUUAAAGUUUGGGAUAUAGUGAGUGGUCAUUGUUUACAAACACUUUCUGGACCAAACAAACAUCAAUCAGCCGUCACUUGCCUUCAGUUUAAUAGUCAUUUCGUUAUUACGUCCUCAGACGAUGGAACUGUAAAACUUUGGGAUGUUAAGACUGGUGAAUUCAUAAGAAAUCUCGUGGCUUUAGAAAGUGGUGGAAGUGGUGGAGUUGUUUGGAGAAUUCGUGCAAGUGAUACAAAACUUGUAUGUGCAGUAGGAAGUCGUAAUGGAACAGAAGAAACUAAACUUCUGGUCUUGGAUUUUGAUGUCGAAGUUAAAUAAUCAUCUUAUUGUCCGUCGAACCACUUCGUGCCUCGGCUCGUUACGGUAUUUAGACUAAUUGAUACAAAAAUAACAAUAUUUAUGGUAAUAACAAUAAUAGUAAUGAUGAUGAUAACUACUGAAAUAGAUUCAAUGAUAGGAUUGUAAUAACAAUUUAGUUUAGUAGGGUUUAUAAUAACAAAAAAUAAUAAUAACAUCAAUAAUAAAUAAAUAAUAUUAAUAUUGUACAUAAAACUAGGUAGCGCAUAAACAAUCUACUGUACAAUGUUUCAUGUAUUAGAAAAUGGUCUGAUUGUGAUAAGACUGUAUGUAAAAUUUUUUUAAAUAGAGAAAACAUUUAAUGAAACAUAAACAAAUUGACUGUAGUGAAAUGGGAUAAGUAAGAUAUAUCUAUCCUAAAAAAAUGUAUAAAGAUUAAUGAGACUUAAACGUAAGGUGAUAAAUACAAUUAAAAGCAUAUUAUCAAAUGAUAAAAUGCUUUAUUUGUAAAACAAAAAAGAAACAGCUUUACCUCUGAAUAGAGCGUGGUAAUGUUUUGAUUUUUUUUUUAUUAAUUAUCAUUAAAUUUAAUAUACAUUUUUCAAACCAUCAUCAUCAUUUAUUUUUUUUUAUUAUUUUUUUUUUCAUUUUAGGUAAUGAAAUACACUUAAUCAUCCUUAUAUUAAUUUCAUUGAUAAAAAUGCCAAAUUAAUGUAGUUUUUUAAAAAAAAUAUCUUAACUUUGUUAGUAUUUUAAUUGCAUUAACAAAGUUCAUAAAAUAAGUGAAUAUAUUUGUAAUAAACAUUUUUGAUAAUCUCACCGGUUAAUCAAAGUAACAAUUGUUUAUUUAUUUGUUUUUAUAAAUAAUUCAAAUAUAUUUUUUUUAUUGCUUCGUGUAAUGGCAUUGUAAAGAAACGUCUGACGAGAAAAACACUUUAUAAUAAUAAAAUAUACAUAACGUAAUCAUUACAUUAUUUUUAUAACUCUCAAUAAAAUACAUAAAUGUCGUUGAUAACUACUUAUAUAAUAAUCAUCAUCAUUUUUAAUAUAA